CACAUAUCCAAUAGACUUAUCGGGACGCAAUACGUAUGGUGCGGCACCCCCAGCUGCAGACGUCGCUACUGCGGCCUCUCUUUAUCCUCUUGCUGUCCGUCUUCGCGUAUGCAACGUACGUGACCAGCUACACCGCCACAUUCUCUAGUUCAUCAGCAAGUUCCAGCUCCAAAUUCUCCGUAGAAGCUCCCGAAUCUGUAGCUCCCGACCCCGUCUGUUUGUCCGACAAUGGCGAGUUUUCGUGCUCAGCGCCGCCACCCGCGCCAGCUCCAGUACCCCCAGUAGACCCACAUGAGCGCCACAUUAUGUUCGUAUCCAUCGCUAUUAAAGGACACGCGCAACCGUUGCUCCGAGUGGCUAGCGAGAUGAAAGAGCGAGGAUACCGUGUAUCAUUCGCCACCCACGACUCGGGACGGGAGUGGGCACACGCGUACGGAGUCCCUUUCCUCUCCGCUGGGGCUUUCCCCAUCUCUGCCGAAGAUCUGCGUGUCAAGCUCCGAGCUAUGACGCGCGACGCCUCGAAUUUCCGAGGAAUUUUAACCAUGUUUAACGACAUUUACGUCCGAGCAGCCAGGCCCAUGUUCGACGCAUUGCUACCUAAGCUAGAAAACAACGGGACCAAUACUAAUGUACCGGACCUAUUGGUGAUGGAUAUUGCCUCUGUGGGAGCUCAAGAUCUCGCGCAUAAGUUGAAAAUCCCCUACAUUCUGAACUCGCCAUCCCUUCUAUUUGAUCUUGGUGGAGCGCCAAGUUAUGUGCCUGCAUGGGGCACGGGAUUCAGCGAGAACAUGUCUCUCUGGAAUCGGUGUAUGAAUAUUCUAUUCCCGAGGUUACUAUCAGUGGCGUUAACACCGCCGUUCAUGGAGCUCAACAAGAUGCGAUAUGAGUUGGACCUGCCUCCGUUUCGGUCCCAACACGAUUUAUUCAAGGGAGCUCGUGUGAUUUUAAACACAGCAUUUGGUCUUGAACAUCCGCAACCUCUUUCACCUCUUGUGGAUGCUGUGGGACCGAUAAUGCCGGUACCAGGUGGAAAUGCUAGCAAGUUAGAACGUCAGCCUCUUCCAUCGGCGCUACUGAGCUGGCUGGAUGCGUCUAUUGACUCAACACCGUCGUUGCGGCUACGCCAGCGCUCAGCAUCUCAUCGAGCCAAGUCUACAGAGCAUGACCUUGAGACAGCUGCUGGAGGCGUGGUAUACCUGAAUCUGGGGACGAUGGCGUACAUCGACGCAUGGCAGGCUCAAGCACUCGUAGAAGGGCUGCUAAUGGGACCUGAAGAUCCACCUGUGAAGAUUCUAUGGAUUCUUCCGACUGAUCAACGCGGUAUUUUACCGCCUGCAUUGCCGCCUUCUCUGGUUGUAAAGCCACCUAGUUCAUCGCUGUCGAACCUGGAAAUCCUGAGUCACCCAGCCGUCAGACUUGUAGUCUCGCACUGUGGAAUGGUGUCAGCUCAAGAAGCUUUGGUCAUGGGUAAACCGUUGUUGUGUAUUCCCUUCUUAGUAGACCAACCGGAUGUGGCCGCACGUGUUGAGGAUUCUGGAGCGGGUAUUUCGCUAGACAAGAAUCUCCUGUCGGGUCCGUAUGUACACGGUGCAGUCAGUGAGUUACUCACCAAUUCCUCCUAUACCCGUGCUGCAAGGAAAGUCGGUACCUUGUUGGAACGCGCUGGUGGCACCAAUCGAGCUAUUGACGUGAUCGACGCUGCGCUACGACUGGGGUUCGAUCAUUUGGCUACACUAAACCUGACAGCUCCAUGGCACAAGACCGCUUUACUUGACGUUUGGGCGGUUUACGCCGCCCUCAUUUGUCUACUAGCUGUGUUUGUACGCGUUCAGUGGUUGCUACUCUACUUCCUGGUGUCCGAGAGCUUUAGUCUCCUCUGCAACUUGAUACUGGGCCCACCACUUCCUCUUACAUCGAUGGCUGAAGGAUACGACGAAGAGUACGAAGACGAUGCUGAAGGGAUUGAAGGGAAUAGUGGAGGCAGUGACACGUCACAACCCGCUAAUUAGUGCAGCGUUGGAGAAGGGAUAAUAAAUACUUCAGUACAUUGACAAGCUACGCUCGACCAGUGAACGAUUCAUGGCGAUACGCUGCGAGUUCCUCCUGGAACUUCUGCUCGCGUUCGUGGCGUCUUCGAGCAGCCUCGGCGGCCUCCGCUUGACGCUUUUCACGCUCCUUUCGUGCCGCGGCGGACAGAAUGGGCUGGUCGUCCCAGGUUGCUAUUACGAAAUCAUUGUUUUCUUCUUGUCUAGUGGGCGAGUCCGGGUCAGAGCCACAAGUCGCAAGGACUAAUUCGCAGUCGGCCUCUGUAGCCAUCUCUUUAUCGGCGUGUAGCUCCGUUUUGGCGUCUUGUGGUGAAGCGAACAGUGUCGACACGAGGGACGGACGUCUUGUCAGAGUGGGAACUGAAUCUAAACGAGGAUCGCUCUUCUUUGGGGCUACAUCCUUUCUCUCGGAACGAGUACGGUAAUGCGAUUUACGUGAGUGUGGUGGUACUGACGGUGCUGUGUGACGCCGAGGGGUAGUUACAACUGGUUCGGGUGAAACAGACUCUGAUUUUUGUCCAGCACAUUGAGCGAACGGAUAUUUGAGCAACUCUGUGGCAUCUGGACGCAUGGACGGAUCGAUCUGGAGGCAAGCCAGGAUAAACUCUCGAGCGUUGGCCGACAGAGUAUCAGGUAGCGGUGGGAGCUCUUCCAUGUUGGCGAUGUAGUACAACAACGCAGCUUGGGAAUCAAAGCGACGGUCUCCCCAAAGAGGACCUCCUGUCAGUAGACGAAGAACCGUGCAGCCAAGACUCCAGAUGUCAGCCUUUCGACUACGACCCGUUGAUUGUUUGAUGACUUCGGGUGCCAUGUAGUUCGGAGUACCGUGCAGUGAUAGCAUCGAGCCAUUGGGGAUGGUGGCGCUGUUGAUUAACCGAGAAGAACCGAAGUCGGCGAUCUUAACGACACCAUUCUGGUCUACCAGAAUAUUUGCGGGCUGAUAAAAAAAAUAAGAAGGGAUCAGUAAAGUGGAUUAAGAGUAGGAAAAAGUUGAAGAUUUACCUUAAUGUCGUGGUGGAUAAUAUUCUUGGAGUGGAGAUAAGCGACUCCGGAGAGUAGCUGAUGCGUAAAUCGACGUACAACCCUUUCGUUGCCUCCAAACAGCUUACGAUUGUGCUCGAGACUACCUCCAGGAACCCAUUCCGUGAAGAUUGACAACGUCUGUGCCGUGUUAUCCACGUGACAGCCGAGGUAUUUCACAAUAUUCUCAUGUUUCAAGCCUCGCAGCAAUUCCACUUCUCGUGUGGCUUCUCGAAUCGCAGAGUCGGUCUCCUCCAAAAUAGGGAUCUCCUUCACUGCCAUCAAACAACCAGUGUCUUCAUCACGGGCCAAGUACACCUAGGGUAGGAGACAAGUAAGAUAGAAGAAUCACAAUCUUGUUAAACAAGCCGUACGCACCGUUCCGUAGCUUCCA